AUGGCUCAUUCUAUCCCGCCAUAUAAUUCAGGGAAAUCAUUCCCCCCCGUUAACAAUACAAUGAAAAUUCGGCAUAUCUCGAUGGUUCAGUGGAUUGAAUUUUUUCAAGAAACACAACGAAUAAUUGGGGUUGCCAUACAACAUAUUGCAUAUAAGGUUUCCCUACACCUUAUCACUACAAGGUUUGUCUACGCCUUAUCAUUAUUAUUAUCGUCAUUAUCAUCAUCAUCUCUAUCAUCCUCACAGAGUUGUUAUUUUUACUUACUUGUCAAAGAAAACAGGAAAGAAAUUCAGGAAAUAGCCGUAUCAGGAAUAGAUUGGUUUGGAAAUAAUUAA